UGUCCGGCGGCGUCGGGGGGCGUGGCCGCCGCCAUGCUGCGGCCGCUGCUGCGCGAGCUGCGGGCCGUGCUCCUGGCCUACGCCGUGGGCGCCGCCGUCCUGCUGUCGCAGCUGCUGCGCCGCUGCCGCGGGGGCUUCCGGGAGCCCGUGCUCCCCCCGCAGCCCGACCGCGUGGCCAUCGUGACGGGCGGGACGGACGGCAUCGGGCUCGCCACGGCGCGGCAGCUGGCGCGGCUCGGCAUGCGCGUGGUCAUAGCCGGGAACAACGCGGACAAGGCCCGGGACGUCGUGCGCAGCAUCAGGGCGGAGACCGGGAACGAGAAGGUGGACUUCCUGUUCCUGGACCUGGCCUCCCUGGCCUCCGUCCGGGCGUUCGCGCGCGACUUCCUGUCCCUGGGGUUCCCGCUGCACGUGCUGGUCAACAACGCGGGCGUGAUGCUGGCGCCCCGCGGGUCGAGGACGGCGGACGGGUUCGAGCGGCACCUGGGCGUGAACUUCCUGGGCCACUUCCUGCUGACGCGGCUGCUGCUGGGCGCGCUGCGGGCGGCGGGUCGCGGGGGUCGGCGGGCGCGCGUCGUCUGCCUGGGCUCCGCCACCCACUACGUCGGGGCGCUGGACCCCGGCGCGCUGGGCCGCGGCCCGGCCGCCGCCGAGUCGCCCCACGCGGCCUACGCGCGCAGCAAGCUGGCCCUGGUCGUCUUCUCGCGGCGGCUGCAGCGGCUCCUGUCGGCGCGCGGCGACCCCGUCACGGCCAACGUGGCCGACCCCGGCGUGGUGGACACGGCGCUCUUCCGCCGCGCGGGCUGGCCCGCCCGGGCCCUGCAGCGGGCGCUCGGGUGGCUGCUCUUCAAGACCCCCGAGGAGGGCGCCUGGACGCCGGUGCUGGCGGCGGCCGCCCCCGCGCUGGAGGGGGUCGGGGGCCGCUACCUGCUGCACGAGGCCUUCGCGGAGCCGCUGGCCGCCUCGCGGGACCCGGGGCUGCAGGACCGGCUGUGGGCCGAGAGCUGCCGCCUCACGGGCGCCGACCCCGGGGAAGGGGGGGGCGGGGGGGGCGGGGACCCGGGGCCGGGGGGCCGCCAAUAA